CCUUAGUUAGGAGGAGCAGUUUUUCAUCUACCUAAAAGGGACAAAUAACAAAGCCCUCUCGGCCUGGUGGUGUUGGAACAAGCUAGCUCUUUAAGCUAAGUUUAGCAAACUAGCUUUUCUCGACCAAUGCAACAUUCAUUGAGCCUGCAACAGAGUACAAUCAAAAUGAGUGCUCCAUCUUCUCAAAAAGUUGUCCUGAAGAGCACCACAAAAGUGUCCCUGAAUGAGCGCUUCACUAACAUGCUGAAGAACAAGCAGCCCACUGCGGUUAGCAUUCGAGCCACCAUGCAACAACAGCAUAUGGCUAGUGCACGCAAUCGCCGCCUGGCCCAGCAGAUGGAGAAUCGCCCCUCGGUGCAAGCUGCUCUGAGUCACAAACAGAGCCUGAAGCAACGAUUGGGGAAGAGCAACAUCCAAGCCAGGUUGGGUCGGCCAGUUGGCAUGGGAAUGCGUGGAGUUCCUGUCGGUGGCAGGGGAGGAAUGCGUGGGAUGACCAGAGGACUUCGCGGAAGAGGCAGAGGAGGAAUGAUGAGAGGUGCUCUUUCCCUGAGAGGAAAGCGAAUGGCUCCGGGUUUCCCCAUGCGAGGCCGUGGCUCUGCUGGUCGAAUGGCAAUGCGUAGAGGAGGCCGCCAGCGUGCAGGAUUUCCUGGCCGAGGGGGGGCUAUGGGGAGAGGAGCACCCCGUGGAGGAGUAUCCAGAGGGCGCGGUGGUCUCCGUGGACGCGGCGGUUUUGCUGGCAGACGUGGCCGUGGCAGAGGUGUUGGCCGACCUUCCAUGACCCGUGAGCAACUGGACAACCAGCUGGAUGCUUACAUGUCAAAGACCAAAGGUCACCUAGAUGCUGAACUGGAUGCCUACAUGGCCCAGGCAGACGCAGAUAAUAUGGAGUGACACUGGACUUGAGUUACUGCGAGAAGUGUACAGCUCCUUUAACACGUACUGUGUAGUGUUGUUUACUUGUUCUCAGAAAAUGAGGUGAGUCUUUUCGAUGAGAGCAUAAAGAGUUCAGGACUCUUUGGACAAGCAGAAAAUCAGUAAUACUGAAUGUGCUUUCAUGCACAUUUACUUUCUACAGCUGUUCCUAUGAAGCCCAUUUUGACUUUUAUAAAUCUUGAAGAACUCAAGUCGUUUUUUUUUUAUUUUACAAUGUCCUUUUAAAACCAGUUUAAGGUCUAUUCAUGUGUAACCCACUUUUUAAUUAUAUUUGAGUCACCCCUUUUGACUUUGUUUCUGGCAUUGCAAAUGUUAUGUUUCGACACAUACAAUUUGGUCCUCUAAAGUGUUUUUGUUGGCAAUGUUUCAUAAGUUGUGUCAAAAGAAUGUGUAAACAAAGCAUUUUUCAGCCAACUAUGAAUUUGUGUGUGUGUGUGUGUGUGUGUUUAAAGGAAGGAUUUUGAGACCUUUUUGCCCUUCAUCUCCGUAGCCAUUCACGGAACAUAUUUCCCGCUAAAUUUAAAGAAACUGCAGGUUCAACAGUCAGAAAAUAUUAUUGAGAAAAUCAAAAGACAAGCUUAACUAUUACUACCAGUAGUAAUUAUCUUGUAUGUAGAUAAAUGGUCUUGGGUAUAAAUUGUAUGCUAUGUGGAUAGUAUUGGGAUAAGCUAUUCGUUGCAUGUAUUUAAAGUGCAUAAUUGUAGAGGUCUGCCUGAAUUUGACAAAGUUUCAAGUCAGUUUGGGAAUUUUCUGGAUAUUCUAUGAUGAGCCAAAUGCUGCAAAAUGAACUAUCUUAAUUCUACUUUGGCUUACACUUUGCGUGGCCCACAUAAAAUGAGUGUGAUCCCCCUGUAGUUGCAUGCUGGUCUACAGAGCGUGCCAUCAGUGGACUGAGGUGGAAUCAUUCAAUGGAGUGAUUAAAAAAAAAAAAAAAAACAUUUCUGGCGCACUGGGUCUGGCAAACAUGGAUGGUUACCGAUUGAUUAGAACAUCUGCCUCACACUUCAGAGGUCAUGGGUUCAGAUCUGGGCUCUGCAGAACCUUGUGUGGAGUUUGCAUGUUCUCCCAGUGUGACUUUGUCCAGGUAGUCUGGUUUCCUCCCACAUUACCAAAACUUGGUAGGUUAAUUGAAGACUACAUUUCCUGUAGUUGUGUGUGAGAAUGGUUGGUUGUCUAGGCUAUAUGCCAUGCGACUGACUGACGUGUCCAAUUCAGGGUGUACCCUGCCUCUCGUCCAAAGUGGAUGGAUAGAUGGGUUUGACAAAGAGAACUUAUAUGACCAGCUCAAUUUCAGACAACUAUUGUGCCAACUAGUUGGACUCCUUGGUUCCAGUAAAAUGAAAUGUAUAGCUCCAACCUCCCAUAUGUUGAAGAGUUCUGUAUAAACUGGAAAAGGCGUUUUUAAGCGAGGACCCUCAAGGUAGGGCUAGAUGAGUUGCACUUGACUGACCUGCGCAGCGCCUUCACUUCAAUACUUUCAAACAUCUUUGACAUUUUUCUGCAUUCCAGAAAAUUGGACCAAAGUGGAAAUCGGACCCCGGAGGAUGUAGUUUUUGUAUUUAUUUUGAAACGUAAUGUGAAAGGGACAGAUGGAAAAAAAAUGCCUUUGUGAUAUAUUUUCUAACUUUGUCAAGGAUUAUGAAUCAAAAGUUAGAUAAUUACUGUGGCACAAAGUGAGGUCUAAACACUAAAUCGUAACAUAAAAUAUAAAUACAUUUCAAGGGAACGGAAAAGAAUGCAAAUUACAAUCUGUAGCAGCAAGAAGCACAAUUUAGCAUUUAUCGUAAACUACUUACAAUUGUCGCAACGCGCCGUAUAAAUAGCUUUGCAGCAGCGUCAGUCAUUCCUUUGGUCUCGGACUUGGCAGGGUCCGACUUCAGACCAGUCGCAGUCGGGUUGCAAGCAAGUUCCCUGAAGCUGAGGUACAAGCGCACCAACUGGAAUAAUGUGGGUUUUUUUUUUCUUUUCUUUUUUUAGAUAGACGGAAACUACUGGACGGUGAUCCAAUUGCUUUGGGUGGGCUCUCAUUGCUUUUGCGGCUGGCGAUUGAACCAGGAUGUGAGUGGCCUGUGCUUUAAAGGAUGCCGUCCCCCAAUAAUGCACACCGCCAAAAGAAGAUCGCGGAAAAAUUAGAAUGGAGUGAUGAUCGCUUCAAAGAAUAAUCACAAAUGCAUUUGAAGCGGACCCUUGGCCAGCUGGGAGUCGCCUGCUCUGAAUCUCGGCCUCCCUGACCCUUCGCCUCCUGACCCAACACGCAACAUAAAUGUUGGGAUGAAGCUGUAGUCUUCAAGCAGGCAUUGCUCAGCCAAGGUCAUUACACUCCUUGCGUUGCGUUUGGGGCCUCACGGAUGACAGACACGACUUCUGAACUUGCAUCAGUGCCACGUUGACCGGUUUGCUUGUUCCAGAAGCGUCUUGAACAUAAAACUACAAUGUCUGUAAGUAAUAAUGUUUUUUAAAUAACUGGGUAUAUUGGUCAUAUACCAAGGCUUUCAGGUAGUUCUGUUCCUGACUUGCUGUGGACUUGACCAGAAAUAAAAUCCAUCCCAGUGGGCUUCUGCAGCAGUCUGCUGAGAAGACUUGUCGGGAACAUGAUGUUAAAUGGCUUUUUAUCUGUUUAGUGGAGUUCUGAUUUUGUUUUUAAACUUGACAGGCCCCGUGAUGGACGUGAAGCGUUGUCAUUGCAUUCUAAUGUCUGCAAAAAAUUUUGGAUCUGCUUUUGGUUUGUAAGCAACUAAUAAAACUCUUUUAGAAACUG